AUGCGUCGUCAUCGGCUUAUGUUGCCACGCACCUGUUCAGAGUGGGACUGCAUGUUUCACGACCCACUUCGAGGUUACGCCAAAAAGUGUGGCGAAAACAUGAUGUUCUGCUCUGCGAAGGUGCGUCGGACGAGAGCAACGGUCUUUUUUUAUUCGCCGUUGGCAACCGACGGCGAAAGCGACUUUUGUCUGCACAGUUCGUCCGAUUGUUUGCCGUUUUGCUGUAGGCUCGAGACCCGGCCAUGGGGACGGGUUAAGGUGAAGAGGAUGUGUGAAGAAAAAGUGGCUUUCGAGUGA